AGUACCGGGCGCGUCCGCCUGGGGGAGCCUCGUGCCGUUCUCCGGACGCGUUUCUCUUACUUGCUCGCUUGCAAGGGAAAUGCCCCUGCCCCGUUUGCUUAUAGAGAACCGCUACAGCCCCUGGAUGCUGCUUCUGGCUACGGUCUUUCCUUUUCUUUCUUCCCUUUCCCAGCUCAACCGUGUACUACCUCAAUCGCUUUUGCCAGCCGCCUGCCAGGAAAAGCGGCCUUGCCUUCAGGUGGAUCCGCGCAGUAAUUUUGGCGUUUCGGGCAGGCUCCCAACCUGGACCCUCUUUUUGACCAUGUGUGCAGCUGGAAUUGGAGGGACCUUUCAGUACGGAUACAACGUUUCUCUCAUUAAUGCCCCCACUCAGCACAUCCACAAGUUCCUCAAUGAUACCUGGCAGAGCCGUUACCAGGCCAAGUUGAGUUCCAGCAUGCUGACUCUUCUCUGGUCCACCAUUGCUUCCAUUUUUUCCCUAGGUGGGUUCUUUGGAGCCCACCUGGGGGGCAGUAUGGCUGGCUGGCUGGGCAGCAGGAAAGGAGCUCUUUUGAUGAACAAUGUCCUUGCUCUCCUUGCUGCUACCCUGAUGGGGGCCAGCUUCCCAACGGGGCUCUUCGAAUUGCUCAUUGUUGGGAGGUUUCUGAUCGGAAUGAAUACAGGCAUUGGACUCUGUGUGCAGCCUCUCUAUAUAGGAGAAGCUGCCCCCAGACAUCUUCGAGGUGCCGUGGCUAUGGGCAGCUCCGUCUUCCUGACGGGGGGGAUUUUGACCGGACAAGUGAUGGGUCUAAGGGAGCUGCUGGGUGGAGAGGAAUGCUGGCACUUCCUGCUCUUGAGCUGUUGCUUACCCUCCAUAAUCCAACUCCUGACCCUUCCCUGGUUUCCAGAGAGUCCCCGUUUCAUGCUUCUUGACCGAGGGAAUGAGAUGCAGUGUAUCAGAGCACUGAUGCGCUUCCAUGGCCCUCUGUGCUACCAGAAGGAGAUGGAGGACAUUCAAAGAGAGAGUCUUGCCCUCAGAGGGGAGAAGGCUAAGAAGCCGUGGGAACUUUUUGCUGACCGGAGCAUCCGCUGGCAGCUGAUUUCAAUCAUCUGCCUCACCAUGGGCCAGCAGUUCAGUGGAAUCAAUGCAAUUUACUUUUAUGCCAGUUACGUCUUUGAAGAAACAGGGAUUCCCCAAGAGAAGAUUCCCUAUGUAACUUUAGGUACAGGGGUGUGUGAAUGCCUCACUGCCCUCACCUGCGGCUUGCUAAUCGAAUCCUUGGGAAGGAGAGCUUUGAUCCUGGGAGGCUACUCCCUUAUGACGUUUUGGUGCAUCGUCCUGACAAUCUCCCUGACAUUCCAGGUGUAUGCUUGGGCACCGUAUCUGAGCAUGGCCUGCAUAUUUGCCUUCAUCUUGAGCUUUGGGCUUGGACCAGGUGGCGUGACAAACAUUUUGACGACUGAAUUGUUCAUGCAAUCCUCACGCCCUGCUGCUUACACCAUUGCAGGAUCAGUGAGCUGGCUGAGCUUCUUCACUGUUGGAAUGCUCUUCCCUUUUGCUGUGGAAGGCCUGAAGCAGUACUGCUUCAUUGUGUUUCUGCUAGAGUGCAGUGCAGUGGCCACCUUCAUUUUCUUUAUUGUUCCUGAGACAAAGAACAAAACCUUUCUCAACAUCAAGAGAGAAUUUCACAAGCUCAAUUUCGGGAGAGCAAUAGAGCCGAAGAACCACGCAAGACAGCAGCUUCACCUGGAGCUCUAAGGGCUGGUGCAAGAUUGGGCUACGGGGCCCGCUUCA